AUGCUGCUAAUGGCAUCGGAAUCUAUGCUCCCUGGACCAACCAAGCCACAGCAAACCAAUGGGAAAAGGAACCUUCCUCAGGACAAGUCCUUCACAAGUGAAGGCGAUGGUGAUGGCUCUUUUGUCUUUGAAGCUGACGACGCCUGGAAAGCAUUUCACAGCUCACUUCUCCAUUUUUAUGAAGUGGGUGAGCUGUGUGACGUCACACUUAAGGUUGGUUCGAAGUUGAUCCCUUGCCACAAACUUGUCUUGGCAUGCGUGAUACCCUAUUUCCGUGCUAUGUUCCUUUCUGAUAUGGCAGAAGCGAAACAAACAGUAAUCGAGAUUCGGGACUUUGAUGGUGACGCCUUUGAAGACUUGGUGAAGUUUGCUUAUUCAUCCCGAGUGACCCUCACAGUUGAUAACGUCCAGCCGCUUCUUUAUGCUGCCUGCAUUCUCCAAGUGGAACUUGUCGCCAAGGCCUGUUGUGAAUACAUGAAGCUGCAUUUUCAUCCCUCUAACUGCCUUGCUGUAAGGGCCUUUGCAGAAAGCCACAAUAGAGUAGAUUUGAUGGACAUGGCAGACCGCUUUGCUUGUGACCAUUUUGCUGAAGUGGUAGACUGUGAUGACUUUGUCAGUAUGUCUCCUCAGCAUCUUUAUAAGCUGCUGUCUUCUGAAGAUCUAAAUAUUGAGAAUGAAAAGCAGGUCUACAAUGCAGCCAUAAAGUGGCUUCGUGCCAACCCCCAGCACCAUGAUGCUUGGCUGAAUGAAAUACUGUCUCAGGUUCGAUUGCCAUUGUUACCCAUUGAAUUUCUGAUGUCGGUUGUGGCUAAAGAGCAGACAAUAAGAAAGGACUUGAAAUGCAGAGAUUUGUUGGAUGAAGCAAGGAACUAUCACCUGCACUUAAGCAGCCGGGCUGUCCCUGACUUUGAAUAUACAAUCCGCACUACACCAAGGAAACAGACUGCCGGUGUCUUAUUCUGUGUGGGAGGAAGAGGAGGCUCGGGGGAUCCAUUUCGUAGUAUUGAAUGUUACUCUGUAAGCAAGAACAGCUGGUUCUUUGGGCCAGAAAUGAACAGCCGGAGAAGACAUGUGGGUGUCAUCUCUGUGGGAGGAAAGGUCUAUGCAGUUGGUGGCCAUGAUGGCAAUGAACAUUUGGGUAGUAUGGAGGUGUUUGACCCGCUUACAAAUAAAUGGAUGAUGAAGGCAUCAAUGAAUAAGAAAAGGAGGGGGAUUGCAUUGUCGUCUCUUGGUGGCCCGAUAUAUGCCAUUGGUGGGCUGGAUGACAACACAUGCUUUAAUAAUGUAGAGCGUUAUGAUGUGGAAUGUGAUCGCUGGUCUGCUGUGGCUCCAAUGAAUACACCUCGAGGAGGUGUUGGAUCGGUUGCUCUUUUGAACCAUGUAUAUGCUGUUGGAGGGAACGAUGGUGUUGCUUCCCUAUCAAGUGUGGAGAGAUAUGACCCUCACUUAGAUAAAUGGGUGGACAUUAAAGAGAUGGGCCAAAGAAGAGCAGGAACUGGAGUGAGUGAAUUACACGGCUGUCUCUAUGUUGUAGGUGGAUUUGAUGACAAUGCCCCUUUGAGUUCUGUAGAGAGAUACGAUCCUCAUACCAACAGAUGGGAGUAUGUUGCAGAACUCACUACCCCAAGAGGAGGGGUUGGCAUAGCAACGCUGAUGGGAAAAAUAUAUGCAGUUGGAGGUCAUAAUGGAAAUGCAUAUCUGAACACUGUGGAGUGCUAUGACCCAGUUAUGAACAGGUGGGAACUGGUUGGCUCUGUGGCUCACUGCCGGGCUGGUGCAGGAGUGGCUGUCUGCUCCUGUCUGUGUAGUCAGAUCCGGGACAUUGGCCAUGGAUCAAGCAAUGUAGUGGACUGCAUGUGA